UCUAAUUUCAAUGAAAUCCAAAACAAAGCUCCAAUGUCGGAGCUUCUUCCUCCUCCUCCUCCACCACCAAAGAGGGCUUCUUCUUCUUCCGGAUUUGCUGAUCCCGCAUUAGCAUUCCCUGAGUUUGCAGCAGCAAACCAAUGCGUGCUCGAGAGAGUUCAAGAGGAAGAAGGAGAGGGAGAAGAUAGCAGCUACGGGAAAGGUUCUUUUGACCUAGGCUCGAGAUCAUUCUCAAGUCCUUCCAUCUCUAGAAACGAAUAUGAUCAUUACGUUGAUACCCCUACAAAGGCUCCUUCCUUCAAGCUCCCUCCUUCUGGUUUGAGGGCGUCGUCGUCGUCUGGUUUCAGACAUGAAGAAGAGACAGACCGCAGUAGAGACUCAGGUUCCUUUGUGGAUCGUAUCGGUGAAGAGGAGGAUAAGAGAGAUUGGUCUGGAUGUUUCAGAAAAUGCUGUGCAUGCACGUGCAUGUUCCUUUCAACCGUCCUUAUAAUCGUCUUGUUGACGGGUUUGUCUGUGAACUCUUCACUCCACUCUAGACUGCCUCAGGUUUCUGUCACAAACCUCAAGUUCUCGAGGUUGGAUUUAGCCAAUACGACAACGGAUCUUCUGUUGAAUGCGAACGUGAAGACGGUUCUGGAGCUGUCUAACAAGAACGAUCAACCAACGCUAUAUUACAGCCCCAUGAAAGCUUCUGUCUCUUCUGAGAACAUAAACCUCGGACAGAAGAAGCUUCUUGGAUUCACGCAAAGCCCUGGAAACGUUACCUACUUGAAUAUUGCCACAAGGAUCAGAAAAUCCAAGGUGUAUGAUGUUGAUUCUACGUUGCUGAGGAAUAAAGAGAAGAAUCAUGAAGCUGUGGUUAAAGUGUUGGUGAGUGGGAAACUGGGGUUUGAUUGGUUGGGGUUUAGGGUUCGUUUACCUAUUGUUAUUGCGUGCGAAGAUGUGAAGCAGAGUGAUGUGAUAAAUGGACUCAAGCCUAUGUGUGAUGUUCGAAUCUUUUCCCAAUGAAACCGAUUAAUACACAAAGACCAUUUCACCUUUGUUUUGCUUUGUCACUUUUGUAUUAUUUUUUCUUGUUGUAGAUGGAAUAAUAUAGAAAAAAAAAGAGAAGUGACUUUUGUUUCUAUAAAAUUUAACAUCAAGAAUCCACAAGUUAUUGUUCUUUACCUUGCAACAUCAUAUUUUAUGAUUUUUCUGUA